GCCAACUACUAAUCCAACAUACGCUUAUUUAACUUUGCUUAAUUCAGCUCGCUUUGGCCUGCUGUCUGCCCCAACCCCAAUCCCAUCCCAACCUCCAUUCCUUUCUUCCUCGCCAACUCUGAUAUCUCACCUGAAAAUGUCAGUGUGAGCGAACGUUCCAUCUGCACACCACCCUCAUCUACUAAACCUUAUUAGCAUUCACUCCAGACACAGCGCGAGCACACAGAGCCAGAGGAGGAGGAGGAGAUGAAAUCAAUGGCCGGGCCGAGGCUGCUCGUCGUGCACACGUCGUCGAACAAGGCGGCGCCGGCGUCGCCCAUGCCGUUUCUUGGCUGGUCCCGGUUCCUGUGGCUGGUAGUCUUCCUGGCCCUGCUCACCUGCGUGUCCCUCCUCACCGUGUUCUCCACGGCGCGCGCCUCGGCCGCGGCGGCGUACCAGGCGACGCUGUUCACGGUCACCGCCGCCGCGGCUUCGGGCGGCGGCGGCGCCGCUGCAGCAGAGGCUGGCCUGCCGCGGUACGUGUUCGACGCGCUGGUGCAGUACGCGGCGGCGGCGGGGAACUCGUCGGGGUGCAUGCCGGAGCCGGACGUGCGCGCGAUCGCGUCGGUGCUGCGGCGGCGCGCGCCGUGCAACCUGCUGGUGUUCGGGCUGGGCGCGGAGACGCCGCUGUGGCGGGCGCUGAACCACGGCGGGCGCACGGUGUUCUUGGACGAGAACCCCUACUACGUGGCGCACCUGGAGGGCAAGCACCCGGGGCUGGAGGCCUACGACGUGGCCUACGCCACGGCGGUGCGCGAGCUCCCCGACCUCCUCGACGCCGCGCGCGCCGCCGAGUGCCGCCCCGUCCAGAACCUGCUCUUCUCCGAGUGCCGCCUCGCCAUCAACGACCUCCCCAACCAGCUCUACGACGUCGCCUGGGACGUCAUCCUCGUCGACGGCCCGCGCGGGUUCGCGGAGGGGUCUCCGGGGAGGAUGUCGGCGAUCUACUCGGCGGCGGUGAUGGCGCGGACCAAGGGCGCGGAGACGGAGGUGCUGGUGCACGACUACGAGCGGGAGGUGGAGCGCGCGUGCGGGCGGGAGUUCCUGUGCGAGGAGAACCUGGUGACGGGGACCACCACACCGUCGCUCGGCCACUUCCUCGUCCGCGGCGGCGCCGCCGCCAACCGGGAGGCCUUCUGCGGCCCGCCCGCCAAGAAAUCCAACUAAGCUAGCCACUUCGUUCUCCUCUUAAUUCCCGUUUAGUCUCGCGCUCCAUUUUUGCGAUGCAUGAUGAUGCGUGAAGAAAUGUUAAUGCAUGUGACGACCUGUAAAGGAAUCGAGCUCCGACCAAUCUUCCUCGAUCCUCGUCCAAGCAAUCGCUGAUGUACUCAGGGAGAAGGGAAUGUUAUGGAUCGGACUGACACAAUUGAAUCAGGGGAGCAAGAAGUUGAGCAAGAGCCAUGACUGAUGGAGCGUCUGUAGAUCAGUGGUUCCUUUCCUUGUACGAACAAAUCGAGCUCUCACUACAUGUACCUGUGGUCCAACGAUUUUCUCCCCUCCAAUAAACAAACGGUGGUGCCUGACAUCACAAACAUUUCCCAAGAGAUGGUAUGUACAAAUGAGAUAAUUAUUUUCUUGACCCUAAAAAAGGUUGUGCUUAGUUUCUCGGC